AUGUUAAGGGUUAUCAUAGAGGUGUUUGACAUAGUGGUGAAAGUAGAUUACAAUAUGACAGAUGAGAAAUGUGGGCGAUUUGCUAGGAUUGUAGUGGCUAUUGAUAUUGAUAAACCACUAAGAUUAUGGGUUGGAAUUGAUGGAGUUCCUCAGGCUAUUGAAUACGAAGGCCUACCUACCAUAUGCUAUGAUUGUGGUACAUAUGGUCAUACUCAUGAAUCAUGGCUAAAGAAGGCGAAAGAACAUGAAACACCAGAGAAGAAUGAUGUUAAUGUGAAGAAGAAUGGUCAAAAGGAGGCAAAAAACAAGGACAAUGACCAAAUUGUGAAAGGAAUAGAAGGAAAAUCCUUAUAUGGUCCAUGGAUGCAAGCUCCGUCUCGCAGAAGAAGACAACCUAAUUCGAGAAAGUAUGGCACGAAAGGAAAGGAGAAUGUUUUAGAAAAUCAUGGCAGCCAAGGUUCAAGAUUUACUACAAUCUCAAAUUUGGAGAAGGAAGAAAACCACAUAAUUUAA